GAGCUGGUGCAGGGCGAGCCAUGAGGCUGCAGCGAGCCCUGCCAGGGCAGGACACACCGGGGAGGCAGCGCAGCUCCUCGGGCUCUCCAGCGCCUCUGGAUCCCUCCCAGCGGGGCUUCCCAACAGCCUGCACACCUCGCCCGCUCUUGGCAGCCCUCCGGUUGAUCCCACACCUUUUCUGGGACUGAGACUGAGCCAGCAGCAGAGCUGGUUUUCCCCGUGCCCCAGUCUCGUACCUCCAGAAAUCCCUUUGCAUGCUCCAGUCGGUUUGGGUGUCCUCACCAGGGAGCCGGGCUUUGAAGGAGUCCAACAGUCACCGCCGGGGCAAGAAAAGGUGCUGGAAAUGUAGAUUUGUCAGGACUAUAAUCCAGCGCCCAUGCCGGAGGCAUGCCCCCAAACGCUCCAGGAAAGAAAGAAUGUUGAGGAAAAUCCAGAUAUGCCUCUGCUUCUGCUUUGUCUCGGGCAUUUUGUACGAGAUCUCCCUCUUGUCCAGCACUGUCUUCUCCUACUUGCCCAUGGCCCAGCACUACCUGACACCUGAGCAGGUGCUGAACCUUGGCAAAAGCAUCAUUUUCCUGGAGACGACGGAGCGCCUGGAGCCGCCCCCGCUGGUGUCGUGCUCGGUGGAAUCUGCUGCCAGGAUUUACCAGGACAGGCCCAUCAUCCUCUUCAUGAGGGGGCUCACCAACGAGACGGCCUUGGACAUGAACACCAGCUACGCAGCCUUCUCCCUCUUGUCGUCCAUGAAGAAUGUCUUCAUUUUCCCUCUCCAGAUGGAAACCGUCUUCCAGGAGACCCCUCUGCUCCAGUGGUACAACCAGGUGGUGCCGGAGCAGGAGAAGAACUGGGUGCACGUCAGCUCGGACGCCAGCAGACUGGCGCUGAUCUGGAAGUACGGGGGCAUCUACAUGGACACGGAUGUCAUCUCCAUCCGGCCCAUUCCCCAGCAGAGCUUCCUGGCGGCGCAGAAGUCGCGCUUCUCCAGCAACGGCAUCUUCGGCUUCCCCGCCCGCCACAAGUUCCUCUGGGACUGCAUGGAGAACUUCGUCCUCAAGUACAAUGGCAACAUCUGGGGCAACCAGGGCCCCUUUCUGAUGACAAGGAUGCUCAAAACGCUCUGCAACCUCACGGAUUUCCAAGGAACUGAGGACCACAGCUGCCAGAACAUCUCCUUCCUCAACCCCCAGCGUUUCUACCCCAUCCCAUACCCAGCCUGGAGCCGGUACUACCAGGUGUGGGAUAAAAGCCCCAGUUUCAACCACUCCUACGCGCUGCACCUGUGGAACUUCAUGAACCGCAACCGCAAGGUGGUGGAGGCCGGCAGCAACACCCUGGCUGAGAAACUCUACAAAACCUAUUGCCCCACCACCUACGAGGACCUGAUCCAGAAUGCCAAGCACAGGGAUCCCCUGAGCCCUGAGGACGCUGAGUGACAGGGAGCAAGGAGGAGAGGGGUGGGUGAUCCUCACGGCCAAACGCAAUCCCCACUCUGUCGGUGUCCGUAUUUGUAGGAGAAAGAAAGAACUUUCCAUAACCACCAUUCCUGUUCCCUUGGGAUGCUGAGAAUGGUGGUGGGUAUCCAUCGGACGUAGUCUCCAAGGACACCUCUGCCUCAGUUCUGUUUCCUGAGAGGCGCUCACAAGCCACACCUUCCCAAAUCUGACAGACUUUGAGCCUUUUCACAAGCUUCUCCAAGGGAAAAGCUCCUAAAGAGAGGGAUGGCCUCCCAUGAGGAAUGUUGUCUCUGCUCCUCUUGGAACUACCGCCAGCUUCCCGUGUCAGAAAAGUUGGAAGCACAACAGACUUUGGACUGGAGCCUCUGGGGCAAAGGAGGAGAGGCCCAAACCACCGUCUAUUCCUGGUGUUCUCCUCACAUGGACUUUACACCCUACGUUUUUGAGAGGGACUUUAGUGAGAGAGAAAAUAAAAGAGUUCAUAAACAGCCACUCCUCUGAGCUCACUUCUCCCUGAAAAAUGAGUCACAUUUCCUGAAGGUUUGUGCUCCCACAAAGCUUUUGCUUUGGCUUUUGCCAGGAAGCGCCUGCUCUGCCCCAUCCUCCCAGGUCAAUCCUGGCUGUAGAAAGUGUGCCUGUAAAGGGGAUCUGAGACACCAAGGAAGGAUAGGGAUGGCCCUCCAGGUUCCCAAAUCCCUCUUAAAUAAAUGGAUUUCAGUGGACAUGAGGGGCUCACCUGUAUCCAGCUGUGCAAAAAUCCCAUUUAAUCCCAACAGGGCUCCCAGUGAGCAAUCCCCUUCCAGAUACUCCCUUCCCCAGGAUGAUGCCAAGCGACCCAAUUCCCUAAAGAGAAGCCCAGCCUGCAGAUUUCUACUGAGCUUCUCUGAGUUCAACUGGUUUUGACUCGGGAGCAGAAAGGAGGGGAUCGGUCUCCGUCAUCCAAUGUUUGCCAUGUGCACAAUGCUAUCUCCUGCAAACACCGCAGCUGCUGGGCCAGCCACAGCUCAGAAUUUGGGAUUCAGCAGGAGAAGGGAGCCCUCUGCACACAGGGUUUAUGUGCUCCUGUGCUCAGGCAAGGGGCUCCCUCUUGCCCUGUGUUCCUCCAGCGUCACUGCAGUGUAAAGCUGGGUGGUGCCAAGCCGAGUGCUGGUGAUGGUUGGAGCAGGGGCAUGACACAAGGGAAUAUUUUUCCUCUCCCUUCCCUAGUGAGAUGCUCUCAUGGCUCAGCCCGAGCCAUGAGUUUCAUGUUCUGGUGCUGCUUAGCUUCCCUCCAUCUCUGUUAGAGCAGGGUUUUCCUGCCCAUGGAUUUUCCUCCAUCUCUGUUAGAGCAGGGUUUUCCUGCCCAUGGAUUUUCCUCCAUCUCUGUUAGAGCACGGUUUUCCUGCCCAUGGAUUUUCCUCCAUGGCUUUGCCCUCCCAGCACUGAGGGGCUGCAGGGGAGGAGCGUUACAGCCCAGGAAGUCCUCCCUGUGUCCCACAUGGUUGCAGACAGCCCUGAUUGCUCCCUGACUCCUUUUGACCACCCACACUCCUCGCUCUGCUCCCAUCAUCAUCUCUCCUCCCCAGUUUCUCUCUGUCUCCGGCAACCAGUGAGGAUUUGCCUUUUCUCCCCUGUGACUCGACUCUCUGGGAGUGUCCGUGAGGGGAGGGAUGGGACUGCGGGACUUCACCACUCAAGUUCCCUUCACAGGUGAGCUCAAGGAGGAGGUGUCUCCAAGGCUGUGCUCUGUUAUCAGGUGGCUGCUCUGAAGAUGAGUCCAAUCCCAUCCCAUUUCUCUCUCCUGCCUGACAGGAGAGAAGGGAUCCUGACAGGAGAGGAAAAAUCCUGCCAGGACUUGGAGCAAAGCAGGGCACCAAGCACAGCCAACAUCACCGAAGUUCUCACAUGGGAGGUGUCUCUUGUGCUCAUCUCCUGUGAGUCUCAGGAGAAGCUGGGAAAGAGCAGGAGGUGCUGGCUGCAGUUGGGAAGGACCUGGAGGAGGUGGGGAAGGUGCUGGAGCAGGUCUUGGGCAGAGUCUGGGUCUCCAGUACCUGCUGCACUGCCAGGAGCACCGGGCACCAGCCUGGCCACCCACCCACGGUGCCUGCAGGAUGCCCACACUGAGCUGGCUGCUCCCAGCAGCAGGGACGGAGCAGCACAGCUCUGGUGGGAAAAGGAGCAGAGCAGGAGGUGGAAGAAGCUGAUUUUGCCACAGCAGCUCUUCCUGCAGCUGCUGCAAGGUGCGUGGUGUGAGGGUGUAAAACACUCCCGGGCACGGCGCUUGUUGCUGCGUCCUGCCAGUGUAUCCUACACCCUGGCACCCGAAAAGGUGCCAGCCAGCCCUGCUGCUUUCACUGCUGAUUGUUUCCCACCUCCAUGGAGAUGGCAGGUUUUCCCUGCUAGCUCCUGGGAAAAUCUGUGUUUUUGGGAGGGGCCAGCUGCAGGUGGUCAGAGCUGUGUGAGACAAGGGUCUGUAAAGGGAUCUCCUGUGAUCCCUGUGUCCUGAUGGACGUCUCAUGCCAUGGAGCAUUUAAGCAUCUUCCAGAUCAGUGAAAGGCUUCUGGAUGCUCCUGGAUUUGAUGACGAUUUUCUUUCCCCACCUUUCCACCAGGAAGUCUCCUGGAUGUGCCUCUCUUUGCCUGCCUCUGCCCCAUCACCAAAUCAGCUCCCUCCUUCCUUCCCGGAGAGGAAAUCCACCCAGACCAGGUCAUUUGUGUUCAUUCAGCCCAGGCAUCCCUGAAGCAUGGGACCCCAUUAUAACCAGGACCUCACUGAUGCUCUGGUCCCAUCAUUUCAUUGCUCCAUUGGAAAAGCACCAUUUUCCCCUGAGCACUGUCCCUGCCCCAUCCUGGCCUCUGCCUUCCCCACUGGUUUCACACAGAAACAGCUCCUGAUCCCCUCCAUCCCCAUCCUCCCAACUCAUCCAUGUCUUUGGAGGUCUCCCCUCCUGCUUUAAAGCACCAAAGCCCUGCCUGCCUCGCUGGGGACAUGAGGAAUGUCCCUUCCUGCAGAUCCCACUGUUUCUGCUGACUUUUCCCUCCUCUCCAGAGCCACUCUGCCACAAAUCCUGCGUGACCAACUCCUUCCUUCCAGCCCACAUGCAGUGCCUGCACACAGAGGCCACUGAGCCAGGUGAGCUCUGAGACAAUUCCUGCUCUCACUUUCCCAAAUAGGUUGGGAUGGAGAUGCUGGAAACCAGAUGGACCGCAGGAGGCAACUUUUUAUCACUUCCUUCUUCCACAUUUCUGGCUGAAUUCUCUCUGCCUGCUGCCUUUCCCUCAAGGGCAGGGGACUUUGGGGACUCUGGGACAAGGUUUUGUUAG